UGGGUUCAUUUUUCAGUCAAUCAGCAAACGGGGCAGCUAUUCGAGAGCUAAGAAGAAAAAGAGCAGCAGCUAGACUAGACUCACUAGUACUGAUAUUACACCAUGUGCCAGAUUGUCAGUGGCAACCGAGGGGGUGACGUCGACGAUUUGCCCAUCACGUCACUGCCGACUCGUCGUUUGCCCCGUCGGCCUAACUUCGUCAUUGGCAGUUCCAAGGAUAUCAUGCUCUGUCCGGUGAUGAGCAAAAUCUCUUUCCCGCCCGGCGGCAGCCAACCGGCCGCAGGAGCCGACUCGUUUCAGCCUGCUCCGCCGUCGCCGCCGUCCGUCCAGUUUUCGACGACCAGCAGCGAAGAUGAGGAGCAUUCUUGCGUCAUCUGCUCCCAAUUCAUCAAGGAGGAGGCCGGUGCCGGCAAACAAGAGCCGCAAAACGCCGAAGUCACGCUGGAAAACGUUUUCAAGGUUCUCCGGCGCUCGACUCAACCGGCCCAUUUGCUCGUCAUGUCGGCCGUCAUAGCCUUGGCUAUGCUAUUUUACCCUCGUAGUAAAUCGAGCUUGGUUGUAAUCCAACCGACGGCCGACUCUACACUGUGGCCGCUUCUCUAUCUCUCCUCAUUCAGCAUCUUGUUCGGCGCUCAAAUGUGGAUGACAUUCGUUUCAGGCCUGGUUCUGCUCUUCAUUCUGCCGCGUCACACGUUCGCCUGCGUCCAGAGCGCUCUCUUCCCAAAGUACAUGAUUCUCAACGGAGUGACUGCCCUGGCCGUCCUCAUAAGCUUCGUCCAGACCAAGAAAUUCUGGUCGUCACAAGAAAAUUACCAGGUUGUGGGCUUGAUUGUCAACUGCUUGUGCCCGCUGAUUGCCCGCAUCAUCGUCGUGCCGAGUUUGCUUGAGCGCAUUCGAGCCAAAGUGAUUCUGGAGCGGGCCGCCGGACACGGGCCGGAAGCCGGGCCGAGGCUGACGUCGACGACGGACGCCCUGCUCAAACAGUGCCCCACUUACAGCCGAACGUGCCAACGUUUUCGCCAGCUCCACGCCAUCGUGGCCGUCGUCAACAUCGUCACGCUCGCCUGUAACGCCUUCCACUUGUACUAUCUCGCCUCUAAAAUCUCUUUCCAUCACUAACAACUCGAUAACCAAAUUUAAAAAAACCAAAAGAGAAACAAAACAUAACAAAACAUAACAAAAUAAGCUUUAGCUAAAAUUGACAACACACACAUUUUCUUCUCAACUAUUUUUCGUCUCGAAAAAACUUGCAGCCAAGUCUAAGGUGUCAUACAUGGAUAUUAUUUAUGCAACAAUUUCUCACCCCAUAGAUGUUUUGUAGUUUUUCUGUAUUCGUACGUGUGACAUUAAACACAAGCGGCAGAGAAAAGGAAAAAAAGAAAAUUUCUCUAAAUUUUAUAAUAACAAUUUUUAUCAUUGAGGACAAACUGGACAAUUAUAAUAAUAAU